AUGGCCAAUCUCGGGGUUUCCUGUUUAUUUGUUAUCUUCUCGGUGGCUCAAGCUACCCUUAUUUCGCGGGGAUAUAUUGCAAAACUGGAACUUGAUGAUAAAAAAUCAAAUAACAAACUUUUAGGUGAGUACAACUCACAGUCAUUGAUCGAGUGUGCCGCGAUGUGUGUAAAAGAGUGUGGAUUCUUUGGCUACCAUGGCGAAUUGAAGAAGUGCCGUGUCCACAAGAAGAUCUUCACGUUUGGACUGUCUGAUGAGGCCGGGUGGAGAUACUAUUUGCAUGAUUAUUUCCCCUUUGAUUGUAAGGACCUCUAUGAAGAUAGUCACACUAAUUCAGGGGUGUAUGAAAUCUAUCCCGAUGGUACCAGCUCCCGUUCUCUCUCAGUUUAUUGCGAUAUGGAAACAAUGGACGGAGGGUGGACGGCAAUCCAGAAACGUGUAAAUGGAUCUCUGAGCUUUGACAGGGAUUGGACUGGAUAUAAGAAUGGUUUUGGUUCACCGGUACAGGAUGGCUGGAUCGGUGACAGUAUGUUGAACAGUGGAAGUUCUUACCGCGAUCUGUCUGGUAUGUACUUCACCACCCCAGACAGAGACAACGAUAGAAAUAUCCAGUGGCAAGGAGGUAACUGCGCCGCUGCACCAGGGUUCAGGGGAGGGUGGUGGUUUAAAGACUGUGCUUACGCCUUCCUCAAUGGUGUAUGGCCUCUGGUGCACUGGUUUCCUACAUUUCCGCCCGAGGGGACUUCUGUGAGAGAGACGAUGAUGAUGAUGAGGAUAAAUGAGGGCAGGAAAAGAGAAGCUACAGAUCAGAAACGAAAAAAAUUAACACCUUUUACUUAUGAUGGGAUGUCACGUUCUGAAUUAAAUAUUGGAAAUCUUUGA